UUCCAUUAACAAUAGGAACAUUGAUAUAUGUUUGUUUUAAGUUCACUUUUUCUCUACGUCUCGUGGGGAAGGAUUUUGCUGCUCUUUAUUUGAAGAUAAAUUUAAUGCAAAUUAUAAUUUAUUUUUAAAUAAAAAUCAGUGCAAAUCACAACUGGCAGCUAUCUUCAAAAUAAAAAUUGAUCUAAUAAAAAAGCAAUAAAAAUAAAAUGGAUAAUAUUCAGGGAAAUGAACAUCAACCCCAACAACGGACUGGAUUUGCACCACGACGGCAGUAUGAUGAUCUUGGACCGUCAGUGCUUACCAGUUUGGAUAACAUUACAAACGGUCAUAUGCAAACUCCAAAAAUUGAGCUGCCAUCGAGACCCAUGAAGUCUAAAAAGGAUAAAAUGGCAGAUUUAACUGCCGCAACCAGCAAAUUAGCAAUUGAGGAGUUAAGAUUGACCGAUAGCAAUGGACUGGCUAUGAAAACACCGGUUUCCAUUUUACAAGAGCUCUUGAGUCGCCGUGGAAUAACUCCUAACUAUGAGUUGGUGCAAAUCGAGGGUGCCAUUCAUGAGCCCACAUUUCGUUAUCGUGUCGCUUUUAACGACAAGGAUGUGCCGUUUACAGCAAUGGGCGCGGGACGCUCCAAGAAAGAGGCUAAACAUUCAGCUGCACGCGCAUUAAUUGAUAAGUUAACUGGAGUACAGCUACCUGACGCAGCCCAAGGUUGUGUUGGCGUUGGAAUUGGUGCAGCAACUGGUGGUAUUACGGCUACAAAUGUAACCAACGAAGCCAACGCAAAUGCAGUUGGAAGUGGCGAUGGCGCCGAUAAAAUAGUUGGAAACCCCAUUGGAUGGUUGCAGGAGAUGUGUAUGUCUCGUCGCUGGCCACCACCAACUUAUGAGACAGAAACUGAAGUCGGUUUACCACAUGAACGGCUAUUUACAAUUGCCUGUUCUAUUCUUAAUUAUCGUGAAGUUGGAAAAGGCAAAAGUAAGAAAAUUGCCAAACGUCUAGCAGCUCAUAAAAUGUGGACUCGCUUACAAGAAAACCCAUUGGACAACAAUCAGAUAUCGGAAGCAAUGCGUGUCGAUCUGGAUGGUGAUAAUCGUAACUGUUCUAAUUAUUAUGGUGAUUUGAAAGAUAUCACUGUGCCUACAUUAACGAGCCAGCAUAGUAAUAAGGUCUCACAGUUUCAUAAAACACUUAAAAAUGCUACCGGAAAAAAAUUAUUGAAGUUGCAGAAAACGUGUUUAAAAGGUCCAAAAAUUGAUUAUGUUAAAUUAUUGUCCGAAAUUGCCAAUGAGAAUCAAUUUGAAGUUACGUACGUUGAUAUAGAGGAGAAAACCUUUACAGACCAAUGUCAAUGUUUGGUUCAGCUUUCAACUUUGCCGGUCGGUGUAUGCCAUGGUUCUGGGCCAACAGCAGCUGAUGCACAGAAGCAGGCUGCACAAAAUGCAUUGGAGUACUUAAAAAUUAUGACAAAGAAAUAAAUAAAAAACUUGAUUGUUAAAGUAUUAAGAUUUGGCAGUCGUGAGAGAUAUGCAACCUUAUAAGGCAGAAUCAAAUGUAAGAUGGUAGUGAUAACAAAUAUUUGAUGUCCAGUGAAUAAAUAGCGGAAAAUUUCUAGUGUAUUUCUGCUUAAAGACCGAUUGCUAAAAGAAUCGAAUGAAAAAAAUGAGGAAGAAUUAUAAAUUUUCAAUAUUUUCGUUUAAAACUUUAAUUAACUUAAUUAUAAAUAAAGGUAAAAUUUUAUAAUUAAAUAUUUUUGUUGGAUGAGGUAUUAAAAAAAGAUAAUUGUUUUGCAUUUGAUACCAAACGGAAUUAAAUUUUUUUGUUUACUAAAUGCAAUCAUUACAUACAAUAAGGAUAUACAUAUGCAUACGUCACAAAAAAAAAAAAAAAAAUCAAUUGAAGUGGAAAUGGUUUAAAAAUUGCAUAUAGAAUGAAAACAUAAUUUCAUAUAUGUUGAUGAAUACAACUUAUAAUCAUAAGAAAGAAUAAGUCGCACUCACUUAUAAAUAAACAUACAUUUUUUAUUUUCCUUACAUAUGUUCGGGAAAAACUGUUUGAAAUCAGCAAACUAUAUACAAAUAACAUAUGUACACAAUUACCAUGAAUUCGACAACAAUAAAAAUUAGUUUUAAUAUUUAUUGCAGAAAACUCGAAUAAAUUGCGAUUUCAGAAAAUUAAA